AUGUUCAUUUUCCAGCAAAUGCACCUUCGCGGCAAAGGCAUUGGUUCAGCACAUAAGCGUAGACAAAAGAUGAUCUUCGCCGCCAACAUCCGUGGAAUCAGGGAAGCCGGCCAUCGUCGUGCUGGAGUGAAAAGAAUAUCCGGCCUCGUCUAUGAAGAGACUCGCGAUGCUCUGCGAGAUUUCUUGACGUCCGUCAUCAGCGACGCUGUUACCUAUUGUGAAAAUGCCAGACGAAGGACUGUCACACACUUUGGAUGUCGUCUACGCUUUGAAGCGCCGAGGAGAGAACUUUGUAUGGCUUCGGCUAAAGAGGCGAGACAAUCAUUCCGCUAA